GGAGGGAGGGGCGCGGCCGCCGCCGCCGCGCCGCGUGCUGAGUCAUGGCGAGCGCUGCCCGCCGCUCUCCCGCAGUCGUCCCCGGGCCGGCGCGGGCUGUGCAGCCAUUGGGCCGCGCGCGGGGCCGCGAGCGCCGGGCUUGACGCGCUGAGCCGCGCCGCGCCGAGCCGCGCUCGCCCGCGCCCGCCCGCCCCGCGCCCCGCGCGCUCCGCAGCCUCAGCCCCGCGCCGCUCGGCCCCCCGCCUCGCCCGCACCAUGAUCGCCGCGGCUUUCCUCGUCCUGCUGAGACCCUACAGCAUCCAGUGUGCCCUCUUCCUCUUGCUGCUUCUGCUGGGCACCAUCGCCACCAUCGUUUUCUUCUGCUGCUGGCACCGCAGGCUCCAGAAGGGGAGGCAUCCCAUGAAAUCCGUCUUCUCGGGGCGUUCCAGGAGCAGAGAUGCUGCGCUGAGAUCUCAUCACUUUCGCUCUGAGGGAUUCCGAGCAAGUCCUCGCCACAUCAGGAGACGAGUUGCAGCGGCUGCAGCUGCCCGGCUAGAAGAAGCGAAGCCUGUGGUGGAAGCUCACCAUCAGAGCGAGCAAGAGUUGGCAGCGAGGAAGCGAAGGAUCAAGAAAAAUAGCCGAGUGCAGCCAGAAUUUUAUCAUUCUGUCCAAGGUGCUUCAACCAGAAGGCCUAGCUCGGGGAACGUGUCCUACCGCUGUUCUAUGUCCUCCUCUGCGGAUUUUUCUGAUGAGGAUGAUUUCAGCCAGAAAUCUGGCUCAGCAUCUCCAGCUCCCGGAGACACCUUACCCUGGAAUUUGCCUAAACAUGAGAGGUCCAAAAGAAAGAUUCAAGGGGGCUCCGUGCUGGACCCGGCUGAAAGGGCUGUGCUUCGGAUAGCAGAUGAGCGGGAUAAAGUUCAGAAGAAAACAUUUACAAAAUGGAUAAAUCAGCAUCUCAUGAAGGUUCGGAAGCACGUGAAUGAUCUCUACGAAGACUUGAGGGAUGGCCACAACCUGAUCUCCCUUCUGGAGGUUCUUUCUGGAGACACCUUGCCAAGGGAGCGAGACUUUUUGAAGACCUUACGGUUGGUGAGUGCAACAGCAGCAUGCGAGUGUGAGCAGCAUGAGGAUGUGCAGGAUGAGGACAAGGGGCCCAGGGAGAAGGGCCGGAUGCGCUUUCACAGGCUACAGAAUGUACAGAUUGCACUUGACUACUUGAAAAGACGGCAGGUGAAGUUAGUGAAUAUUAGGAAUGAUGACAUAACUGAUGGAAAUCCUAAGCUGACUUUGGGAUUAAUUUGGACAAUAAUUCUGCACUUUCAAAUAUCUGACAUUCAUGUAACUGGACAGUCAGAGGACAUGUCUGCAAAAGAACGCUUGCUACUGUGGACACAGCAGGCGACAGAGGGUUACGCUGGUGUGCGGUGUGAAAACUUCACCACCUGCUGGAGAGAUGGGAAACUAUUUAAUGCUAUCAUUCAUAAAUACAGGCCGGACCUGAUAGACAUGAAUACUGUUGCUGUUCAAAGCAACCUUGCAAAUUUAGAGCACGCUUUCUAUGUAGCUGAGAAAAUCGGCGUUAUCAGACUUCUGGACCCCGAAGAUGUUGAUGUCUCUUCGCCCGAUGAAAAAUCAGUCAUCACCUAUGUAUCGUCCCUCUAUGAUGCAUUUCCCAAAGUCCCCGAAGGUGGUGAAGGCAUUGGUGCAAAUGAUGUUGAAGUCAAAUGGAUCGAAUACCAGAAUAUGGUGAACUACCUCAUCCAGUGGAUUAGACACCACGUGGUCACGAUGUCGGAGAGAACAUUUCCUAACAAUCCUCUAGAACUGAAGGCACUUUAUAAUCAGUACUUACAGUUUAAAGAAAAAGAAAUUCCACCAAAGGAGACAGAAAAGUCAAAAAUUAAACGACUAUAUAAAUUACUAGAGAUAUGGAUAGAGUUCGGCCGCAUCAAACUCCUCCAAGGUUAUCAUCCAAAUGACAUAGAGAAGGAGUGGGGUAAACUCAUCAUUGCCAUGCUUGAACGGGAGAAGGCGCUCCGUCCUGAGGUGGAGAGGUUGGAUAUGCUGCAGCAGAUCGCCACCCGAGUUCAGAGGGACAGUGUCGUCUGUGAGGACAAACUGCUCCUUGCCCGAAAUGCUCUCCAGUCUGAUUCCAAAAGAUUAGAAUCGGGAGUGCAGUUUCAGAAUGAAGCAGAAAUCGCCGGGUACAUUCUCGAGUGUGAGAACCUUCUCCGCCAGCAUGUGAUUGACGUGCAGGUUCUGAUUGACGGGAAGUACUACCAGGCAGAUCAGCUGGUGCAGAGGGUUGCAAAGCUGCGUGAUGAAAUUGUGGCCUUAAGGAAUGAGUGCGCCUCCGUUUACAGCAAAGGACGAAUGCUGACCACGGAACAAACCAAGCUUAUGAUAUCAGGAAUCACUCAAAGUUUAAACUCAGGAUUUGCACAGACCCUACACCCCAGUUUGAACUCAGGGCUCACCCAGAGUUUAACACCUUCCUUGACCUCUUCGAGUGUGACUUCGGGCUUGUCAUCAGGGAUGACUUCCCGGCUGACUCCGUCUGUCACUCCGGCUUACACACCUGGCUUUCCUUCAGUAGUAGCUCCAAAUUUCAGUUUAGGAGUAGAGCCAAAUUCAUUACAGACGCUGAAGCUCAUGCAGAUCCGAAAACCACUGCUGAAGUCGUCUUUGCUGGAUCAGAAUUUGACAGAAGAAGAAGUCAAUAUGAAGUUCGUUCAAGAUCUCUUGAACUGGGUUGAGGAGAUGCAGGUGCAGCUAGACCACACUGAAUGGGGCUCAGACUUGCCAAGUGUCGAAAGCCAUUUAGAAAACCAUAAAAAUGUUCACCAAGCCAUUGAAGAAUUUGAGUCUAGCCUUAAAGAAGCUAAAAUUAGUGAGAUUCAGAUGACGGCACCUCUUAAGCUCUCUUACACAGAUAAGUUGCACAGAUUAGAGAGUCAGUAUGCAAAACUCCUGAACACAUCCAGAAACCAGGAGCGGCACCUUGAUACUCUCCAUAAUUUUGUAACUCGGGCAACUAAUGAGCUUAUCUGGCUGAAUGAGAAGGAAGAGGAGGAGGUGGCUUAUGACUGGAGCGAGAGGAACACGAGCGUGGCUCGGAAGAAGGGCUACCAUGCGGAGCUAAUGAGGGAACUGGAGCAGAAGGAGGAAAGCAUUAAAGCUGUCCAGGAGAUCGCAGAGCAGCUGCUUCUAGAAAACCACCCAGCCCGGUUGACGAUAGAGGCAUACAGGGCAGCGAUGCAGACCCAGUGGAGCUGGAUCUUGCAGCUCUGCCAGUGCGUGGAGCAGCACGCCCAGGAGAACACUGCAUACUUUGAGUUUUUCAACGAUGCCAAAGAAGCCACUGACUACCUAAGGAAUCUGAAAGAUGCCAUUCAGCGCAAGUACAGCUGUGACAGAUCCAGCAGCGUCCACAGACUGGAAGACCUCGUGCAGGAGUCCAUGGAAGAGAAGGAAGAGCUUCUGCAGUACCGGAGCUCAGUGGCAGGCCUGAUGGGGAGAGCCAAGACCAUCGUGCAGCUGAAGCCAAGGAACCCUGACAAUCUGCUCAAAACAUCCAUCCCCAUCAAAGCUAUCUGUGACUACAGACAGAUCGAGAUAACCAUUUACAAAGACGACGAAUGUGUUCUGGCAAACAACUCCCACCGUGCUAAGUGGAAAGUCAUUAGUCCCACUGGGAACGAGGCCAUGGUUCCAUCUGUGUGUUUCACGGUUCCCCCACCAAACAAAGAAGCACUUGACUUUGCCAACAGGAUUGAGCAGCAGUACCAGAGUGUGCUCACCCUGUGGCAUGAGUCUCACAUAAACAUGAAGAGUGUGGUCUCCUGGCAUUAUCUAGUCAAUGAGAUUGACAGGAUUCGGGCUAGUAACGUGGCCUCGAUAAAGACAAUGUUGCCUGGUGAACACCAGCAGGUUCUCAGUAACCUCCAGUCUCGUUUGGAAGAUUUUCUGGAGGAUAGCCAGGAAUCCCAAAUAUUUUCAGGCUCGGAUGUAGCUCAGCUAGAAAAGGAAGUGAAUGUGUGUAGGAGGUUUUACCAAGAACUUCUCAAGUCUGCAGAGAGAGAGGAACAGGAGGAGUCCGCAUACAAUCUUUACAUCUCGGAAGUGCGCAACAUCCGGCUUCGGUUGGAGAGCUGUGAGGACCGCCUAAUUCGGCAGAUCCGGACUCCCCUGGAAAGAGAUGAUCUCCACGAAAGCAUGUUCAGAAUCACAGAGCAGGAGAAACUGAAGAAAGAGCUGGAGCGGCUUAAAGAUGACUUGGCCACCAUCACAAAUAAGUGUGAAGAGUUCUUCAGUCAAGCAGCAGACUCCCCGUCUGUUCCUACCCUGCGAUCGGAGCUCAGUGUGGUCAUUCAGAGCAUGAGUCAGAUCUACUCUAUGUCUUCCACGUACAUAGAGAAGUUAAAAACAGUUAAUUUGGUUCUAAAAAACACUCAAGCUGCAGAAGCCCUUGUCAAACUGUAUGAAACCAAACUGUGUGAAGAGGAAGCCGUUAUAGCUGACAAGAAUAAUAUUGAAAAUUUAAUGAGUACCUUAAAGCAAUGGCGGUCAGAAGUAGAUGAAAAGAGAGAGGUGUUUCAUGCACUGGAGGACGAGCUGCAGAAGGCAAAAGCCAUCAGUGAUGAGAUGUUUAAGACACACAAAGAACGGGACCUUGACUGUGACUGGCACAAGGAGAAAGCAGACCAGCUGGUGGAGAGGUGGCAGAGUGUUCACAUGCAGAUCGACAACAGGCUGCGGGACUUAGAAGGAAUUGGGAAGUCGCUGAAGUGCUACAGAGAUUCCUAUCACCCUCUAGAUGACUGGAUUCAGCAAAUUGAAACUACCCAGAGAAAGAUUCAGGAAAACCAGCCAGAAAACAGCAAAGCCCUAGCCCUACAGCUGAAUCAACAGAAGAUGCUGGUGUCUGAAAUAGAGGUGAAGCAGAGCAGAAUGGACGAAUGUCAGAAAUAUGCAGAGCAGUACUCAGCGGCGGUAAAGGACUAUGAAUUGCAAACAAUGACCUACAGGGCCAUGGUCGAUUCACAGCAGAAGUCGCCAGUGAAACGGCGGCGGAUACAGAGCUCAGCAGACCUCAUUAUUCAAGAGUUCAUGGACCUGCGGACUCGCUACACCGCCCUGGUCACCCUGAUGACACAGUAUGUUAAGUUUGCUGGCGACUCGCUGAAAAGGCUGGAAGAGGAGGAGAAGUCACUGGAAGAAGAGAAGAAACAACAUGUUGAAAAAGCUAAAGAAUUGCAGAAAUGGGUAUCAAAUAUCAGCAAGACACUGAGAGAUGGGGAAAAGGCUGGGGAACCUCUCUUCUCUAAGCAACAGAUUUCCAGUAAAGAAAUAUCAACCAAGAAGGAGCAAUUCUCUGAAGCUCUUCAGACCACACAGAUCUUUUUGGCUAAACAUGGAGACAAACUGACAGAUGAAGAAAGAAAUGAAUUGGAGAAACAAGUGAAAACUCUUCAAGAAGGUUAUAACUUACUAUUCAGUGAAUCUCUGAAACAACAAGACUCACAACUGUCAGGAGAGGUGAAGGUAGAGGAGAAGCCGGAUAAGGUGAUUGCGGGCACCAUCAAUCAGACAACUGGAGAGGUCCUUUCUGUCUUUCAGGCGGUCUUAAGAGGCCUCAUUGACUAUGAAACAGGGGUCAGGUUGCUCGAGGCACAGCUGGUGACUUCUGGCUUAAUUUCACCAGAGUUAAGAAAGUGUUUUGACCUCAGAGAUGCCGAAAGCCACGGCCUCGUUGAUGAACAAAUUCUGUGUCAGCUGAGAGAACUAAGUGAAGUUAAGCAGAUCAUUUCUACCGCGUCACCAGCCACGGUCCCUGUGCUAGACUCUCUGGCGCAGGGCAUGAUAUCAGAACCCACGGCCAUCCGAGUUCUCGAGAUGCUGCUUUCCACAGGCUCUCUGCUUGUUCCAGCCACGGGCGAACGCCUGACCUUGCAAAAGGCUUUCCAGAAGAAUUUGAUUUCCUCGGCAUUGUUUUCUAAAGUCCUAGAAAGGCAGGACACUUGUAGAGACCUUAUUGACCCAUGCACCUCUGAGAAGGUCUCUUUAACUGAUAUGGUACAAAGGAGCAUUUUUGAGGAAAAUACCAGGAUGUGGCUUUUACCCGUGAGACCACAGGAAGCUGGCAGGAUAACUCUGAGGUGCGGGAGAAGCGUCAGCAUUCUGAGAGCGGCUCACGAAGGACUCAUAGACAGAGAAACCAUGCUUAGGCUGUUAGGCGCACAGCUUCUGUCUGGCGGUCUGGUCCAUGGCGACUCUGGCCAGAGAAUGACUGUUGAAGAAGCCAUGGCAAAGGGCAUGAUUGACAGAGACACUGCAAGUAGCAUCCUCACCUAUCAGGUUCAGACGGGUGGGAUCCUGCGCUCAGACCCUGCUAAGCGGCUGACGGUAGAUGAAGCCGUGCAGUGUGACUUGAUAUCAUCCAGCAGUGCGCUUCUGGUUCUCGAGGCUCAGCGGGGCUAUGUUGGACUCAUCUGGCCCCAGUCCGGUGAAAUAUUUCCCACAUCUUCCUCCUUACAGCAAGAGCUGAUCACAAAUGAAUUAGCCUACAAAAUUCUGAAUGGGAGACAGAAAAUCGCUGCUCUCUAUAUCCCAGAAAGCUCCCAGGUCAUUGAUUUGGAUGUUGCUAAGCAGCUCGGCAUCAUAGAUAACAACACAGCAUCAAUUUUAAAGAACAUAAGACUGCCAGACAAAAUGCCAGACGUGGGAGACUUAGCAGCGUGUAAAAAUGCCAAAAGAUGGCUCUCCUUUUGUAAAUUCCAGCCAUCCACAGUUCACGACUACAGGCAAGAAGAGGAUGGCUCCGAUGGCGAAGAGCCAGCCACAACCCAGAACUCGGAACAAACCAAAAGGUUAUUCCUGUCUUACUUGAUGGUGAACAGCUACAUGGACGCGAACACGGGGCAGAGGCUUCUGCUCUACGACGGAGACUUGGGCGAGGCUGUGGGCAUGCUGCUGGAGAGCUGCGGUGCAGAGCUCGGCGCCGACACGCCCGGGAGGGAAGGCCUUGCUGUCCCAGGCAUCCCCGACGCCUCUCCUAAUCAUGCAUCCCGUGAGGAGAAUGCUGAGUGUCCCACCUCAGCAGCUGGUUCUGAUGAAGCUCCUCACAGACAACUUGAACGUAAAGAGACGCUUGCAAACGGGAAGUGUGCCAUAAAUGAAGAGGCGGGAAACGAUGAUGGCAGGAGUGAGUUGUGUUGGCCAGAAAACCUAGCAAAUCCAACAACAGUUGUUCACAAAGCCAGCAGCCCAUCUAGUGUGUGUGUCCCCAAACCGGCACCAUGUUCAGCCCAACCUGAAUAUGCAGAGGGGAGUGCACUCAGACAUGACCCCAGGAAUAUUCUUAAAGACUGUGAAAAUCAAGGUGACCUUGAAACAAGGGCACAUCCAGAUGGGUGUAACCAUUCUAAAAGCACCAGAGAUCUUGCAGGUAAUAUUUUGACGGCAGAGACCCAUAGACUGUGUGAUCUGAAUGAAGGAGAGAAUGGAGAUGAUAUCCAGAAGGGCCCACCUGUCUUUGACUAUUCCCCUCAGCUAAGUGCCCUGUUAAGCCACGAUGAGGUGGGGCUCCGUCAGGGGAGUUUCAGUGAUACACAUACCCCACAGACCGCAGGAGAUAUGAGCGAAUCUUCUGCACUGGCGUUCGGUGGCCGCCGUGUGUCAGCUGAGCAGAGCACAAGAGAAAUAUCUCAGGACCAGUUUCUGGGAAUCGCAGCUAUUAACGUCAGCUUACAAGGGGAGCACUGUGAGCAGAGACCUGUAGAUACCGGGGGCGGCACUGUGCACACACACUGUGACAGCGACGAGUGCACAUCGUUUGCUUCCUGUGAGAGUGAACAUGCUCAGCAAACAGACGAAGACGAGAAAACCGGGUCUGAGGAGGAAGACUACUCCUGCUCCGUGAUCCCUGGUUCGUGGAACGCCAGCACACCUACUUGUGGUACAUUGUCACCUGAAGGAGCCAUCGAUGCUGGUGACUAUGAGACAUCCCUGCUGGCUGAUCAGCAGAGUGACACGGGAACAGACACCGAGAGUGAUGAUUAUUUUUAUGAUACCCCCUUGUUUGAAGACGAUGACCAUGAUUCUCUAGUUCUUCAAGGUGAUGACCAUGAUUGUUUGCAACCUGAGGACUAUGACACACUGCAGGAAGAAAACGAUGGGACGCCUCCUCCUGUUGAUGGUUUUUAUGAAGUCUCAAAAGAGGAGAAAAGUCCUGUGUUACCUCAAGGAGGAAUAGAUGAUAGCUUAAGUGUGAACAGCAAAGUUCAUUGUCCUCAGGAAUUUCUUGUAGGUACUGAGACACCUGGAUUGUAUUCAGUUGACCUGAAACAAUUCAAUUCAGUUGGCCCAAACAAGGUGAAUGUGCAGUUAGUGGAACCUACAGCCAAAAGGGAAGACCCACUUGACCUUAAGAAUAAUGAGUCUGAUUCGUUGAGUGAUGGUGACAUUAUAGGAAGGAAAGAGAGCUUAGGAGCUUCCUUAAUGCCUGGUGAUAGCUGGAGAGGGAGGAGAGAAGAGUGUGACAGUAGCCAGGAAAGUCAGUCUGACACUGAUCACGUAGGUUCCACGGAAAGUAGAGAAAGCGACAGGUAUUAUAUAUGUGACAGUACUGACAUGGAUGAUGAUGACAGUGAUAUUCAUAAUGAGGAAUACAGCAGUGAAGAUGGUGGUGACAGAGGAGGAGGACAAGGAGUAGAAGAUGAGAAUGGGAAGCCCUCGUUGUCUGCCACUCCUGUAAAAGAACACAGGGAUGAAAACCAAAGUACCUGUAACACGAUUCUCCUAGACAAAACGCACGUUUGUAGUCCAUCAGGAAAGCAACGCCACGCUGCUGUCUUACAGACAGAAGCAGCUGGCAUGAGAGGUCCAGACGCUGAGAGAAGCAACCAUCCAGAACUCAGGACUGGAGCAGAUGAAGAAGACAAAGGAAGUCUGUCUAACCAUGUGGAAACUACAGACGUGUCGUUGUCUAAUGCUGAAGACACCGCCUCAGAAGAAAUCUUGGGCUUUGAAAAUGUUUUACCUAAUAAUACCAAUUUGAUUUCUGAUUUAGAAAGUGAUGUAAUGAGCACAGAAGUCAAGUUGGUUCAAGGACCAGUAUCUACAAACAUUCUAAAAGCCGAAGACGAAUGUCUUGAGAGUGUAUCACCAAAAACCAGUCCCUCUUUUGAUAAAGUAGUUUGUUCUGCAACUGAGUUAGUAGGAAGACCUGAGGAAAAACACUCAUCACCUACAUUAGAUGACAGGGGUCAGCAAGAGAAUGGAAGAGGUCUGGUUAAAGGUAGAGAUGGCAGAAAUGGUCAGUUGAUACAUGAAACAUCCAUUCAGGAAAUAGGCAUUGGGAUAGAAGAAGGGCUGAUAGCAGGCCCAGAAGAAGAAGAAGAAAGAUAUCUCAGCUCUUCUCCAAACAAAAGUGCAACAGAGAGCCUCAGCUUUGGUAAGAGUCAGUUUCCUCCUCUGCUGAUGAACUCUGAGAAACCUGAACACAGAGGAGACCAGAAAGCAGCGACGGUGGCUCUUGGAGGUGAACCAAAGAGUGUGCAAAGGGGGGUUAGUGAAAGUCCUAUUCUGCUUGAGACUCUUGCAGAAAUAUUUGACGGCUCAGUUUAUAAAGAGGCCCAUGCUGACUUGACUUCAGGUGUAACAUCCUCUGGGGUGAGGAGCUGUGUGGAAGAAGAUUCCUUCACUGGAGGGCCGGAGAAAGAGAACAGUCCUACCUCUUUAGAACACAGUGAUAAACAUAAAAACGCAGAUGUGCUGGAACUAACCAAACAUAUCCUAGUUUCCUCUCCCAUGGAAGAUGACUUAUAUGCAGUAAAUAGUGCAGAGGAAAAGGCAGUCAUUCCCCAGGAAGACUGGCCGCCAGGUGCCAAGAUCCAGCAAGGUGACACUUCUAUCAAGGAAAGUAUCUCAGAAGAAAAAACAGGAGUUCUCCCGUUACCUCCAGAAAAUAGUGACACCACGCUGUCACCCUUACUUCUUAAAAGUGUGGAGGACUGUGGAGAAAAUACUGGUUUUGUGGAGUCUAAGCUCCAUAUGACUGGAGUGAAAACUACCUCCAACACCACCUCAGGUGUGGGCUGCUCAGUGUUGGAAAGCAGCCGAGAGGAAGAAAAGGCUGAGAAACACCCACACAGAGAACAAGCCUCAUCUCCAAAACCCCGAGAGAGAGAAGUUCAUAUUCCUGAGUUGUCUCUGGCAUUUGUGGAAGAUGGAAAGGCUAUUUUGAAGAACAUGUUAGAAGAAGUUCAUGUGAAUCUCCAAGAGGUUGGAGACCCUUCAUCUUGCACAGGCACUAAAAUUUCUCUUCAGAACUUCAUUAAGAGAGUUAUCUUGUCUCAGUUGCCAAGUGAAGUAUCUAGUGUGCCCAGUCCUGGCGUUUCUGCCAUGGCUAGCUCAUCACAACCAAAGGCAGAGAGUGGAGGGGAUCCCCUCUGUAUUACAAGACUUCAGUUGGACCUUCUUGAUAUGUUGAAACAAAAGCAGUACACCCAAGAAACCCCAGGCACAUCUGAGUUGAUGAAAGCAUUAACUCAGAUAGAGUGCAGUACAGAGGAAAGAGACACUGCGUCUGAAUUAAAACUUAAAAAUGCCUUUUACAAGAUGCUCUUUGAUGGGCUUGCAGCAGAAAGAGAACAGGCCGAAGCCUCGAGUCAAAAACCAUGUGCUGCUCCUGAGAUGGCAGGAGAAAAACCGUACAACCGCAGGGAUCUAAAGAGCGAAGAAGGAAAUCACUGUUCCCCAAGCCCACAGACCGUGAGAGAAAUGGAAAUGGAACACCCCAGUGUGCACCCCGCAGCACGGCCAGGAAACGGCGAGACACUUGAACAGCUAUGCAGUGAGCCCCCAGGCCAUUCACAAUGUAUUUUGGGAUCAAAAGAAAUGGCUUCUGAUGAUAGCUCAAAGGAAAAAUAUUCCAAUGAGUUACAACAGUGUUUGCAACAUACUGAGAAAAUGCAUGAAUAUUUGGCUUUGCUUCAAGAUAUGAAGCCCCCCUUAGACAGCCAGGCAUCUGUGGAUAACACUCUAGAAGCCUUGAGGAGUCGGCUUAAGCAGUUUGAGACAUUCGAGUUGGGAUUGGCUCCAAUUGCUGUGUUAUUAAGAAAAGAUCUAAAGCUGGCAGAAGAAUUCUUAAAGUCUUUUCCCAGUGACCUUCCCAGAAGACAUCACGAAGAACUGAGCAAAAGCCACAAAGAUUUACAGAAUGCCUUCUCAUCUCUCAGCAGCAUGUGCUCAGAAAGAAGGAAACUGAUCACACUUGCAAUUGACUCUGAAAUGUCUAAGCUGGCAGUUCGUCAUGAAGACUUCCUACACAAACUUACAUCGUAUUCAGAUUGGGUAUCAGAGAAAAGCAAAUCUGUGAAGGAUAUUCAAACUGUGGACAUCCAGGAUACUGCUCUUGUUAAGAAGGCUCUAGAGUUUCUUAAGACUGUGCUGAGAGACCUCUCACACACCAAACUGCAGCUGGAGACGACGGCCUUUGACACACAGUCCUUCAUCUCUGAUUGCGCCCAAGACCUGUCUCCCGAGCAGAGCAGACAGCUGCUGCGACUCCUCAGUGCAACCCAGAAGUGCUUCCUCCACGCGCAGGAGCUGGUGACGGCCGAGGCGGGCCGGCUGGAGGCUCACCUGCGGCUGGCGCAGGCGCUUGGUCAUCAGAAGGUGGUGGCAGAGCGUCAACAAGAGUACAAAGAGAAACUCCAAGGGCUGUGUGAUCUCCUCACCCAAACUGAAAACCGCCUGAUCAGUCACCAAGAGGCCUUUGUGAUUGGGGAUGGCACGGUGGAGCUAAAGAAGUACCAGCUGAAGCAAGAGGAAUUACAGAGGGAUAUGCAAGGAAGUACACAGGCAUUGGCAGAAAUAGUGAGAAACACGGAACUAUUUUUAAAAGAGAGUGGCGAAGAGUUGUCCCAAGAAGAUAAAGCUUUGAUUGAGCGGAAACUAACUGAGGCGAAGGUAAAGUGUGAACAGCUGAACUUAAAGGCAGAACAGUCGAGAAAGGAGCUGGAUAAAGCGGUGACGACGGCCAUCAAGGAAGAGACUGAAAAGGUUGCAGCUGUGAGGCAGCUGGAAGAGAGCAAAACCAAAAUAGAAAACCUUUUGGACUGGUUGACGAACGUUGAGAAAGACUCGGAAAGGGCAGGGAGGAAGCACACGCCGCUGAUCGAGCAGAAUGGAACCCAUUUGCAUGAAGGUGAUGGCAAGUCAGUAGCUGGUGAGGAGGAUGCAGUCAAUGGGAACCUGAUGGAGACGGAUGCUGAAGGGGACGGUGGGACCACCGAGGAGAAUCUGAACCAGCAGUACCAGAAAGUCAAGGCCCAGCACGAGCAGAUCGCGGCCCGGCACCAGGCGGUCAUCCUGGCCACGCAGUCGGCGCAGGCGCUGCUAGAGAAACAGGGCCACUAUCUGUCUCCCGAGGAGAAGGAGAAGCUGCAGAGGAGCACGCAGGCGCUGAAGGCGCACUACGAGGCCGCGCUGGCCGGGAGCGAGAAGAAGAUGAAGCUGACGCACUCCCUGCAGGAGGAGCUGGAGAAGUUCGACGCCGACCACGGCGAGUUCGAGCACUGGCUGCAGCAGGCGGAGCAGGAGCUGGAGAACCUGGAGGCGGGCGCCGACGACCUCGCCGGCCUCGCGGACAAGCUCAAGAGGCAGAAGAGCUUCUCCGAGGACGUCAUCUCGCACAAAGGCGACCUGAGGUACAUCACCAUCUCCGGGAACAGGGUGCUGGAAGCUGCCAGAUCCUGCAGCAGGAGAGACGGCGACAGGCUUGACCAGGACAGCAUCGACACUUCCGCGGCCCACAGAGAGGUUCAGACUAAACUGGAUCAGGCCACGGACCGCUUUCGCUCUCUGUACGCCAAGUGCAGUGUUCUUGGCAAUAACCUCAAAGAUCUGGUGGACAAAUACCAACACUAUGAAGAUGUGUCCUGUGGACUCCUGUCGGGGCUCCAGGCCUGCGAGGCCAAAGCAAGCAAGCAUCUACUUGAGCCCAUUGCUGUGGACCCCAAAAACCUGCAAAGGCAGCUAGAGGAGACCAAGGCUUUGCACGGGCAGAUAUCAAGUCAGCAGGUUGCCGUGGAGAAGCUGAAGAAAACUGCAGAGGUGCUCUUAGAUGCCAAGGGCUUGUUACUUCCUGCCACGAAUGACAUCCAGAAGACACUUGAUGACAUUGUCGGGAGAUACGACGAUCUGUCCAGGUCUGUGAGUGAACGGAACGAGAAGCUGCAGAUCACACUGACGCGCUCGCUGAGUGUGCAGGAUGGCUUGGAUGAGAUGCUGGACUGGAUGGGAAGUGUGGAGAGCUCACUGGCCAAGCAAGGCCAAGUGCCCCUGAACUCCACAGCGCUCCAGGACCUCAUCAGCAAAAGCAUUAUGCUGGACCAGGACAUCGCAGGUCGUCAAAGCAGCAUCACCGCCAUGAACGAGAAGGUGAAGACGUUCGUAGAGACAACAGACCCAUCCACGGCCUCCUUGCUGCAAGCCAAAAUGAAGGACCUGUCCGCUCGGUUUUCCGAAGCGAGUCAGAAGCAUAAGGAGAAGCUUGCCAAGAUGGUGGAGCUGAAGGCCAAAGUAGAACAGUUUGAGAAGCUCUCAGAGAAGCUCCAGGUGUUUCUAGAGACGCAGAGCCAGGCGCUCACGGAAGUGGACGUGCCGGGAAAGGAUGUGCCAGAGCUGUCUCGGUGUAUGCAGGAAUCAACCGCUAAAUUCGUAGAACACAAGAAAGAUCUCGAAGCGUUACACAGCCUCCUGAAAGAGAUAUCCAGCCAUGGCUUACCAGGGGACAAAGCUCUGGUGUUUGAGAAGUCAAAUAAUUUGUCAAAGAAAUUCAAAGAAAUGGAGGAUGCUAUCCAAGAAAAAAAAGAAGCUCUAAGUUCUUGUCAGGAGCAGCUGAGUGCUUUCCAGGCCCUUGCACAAUCACUGAAGUCAUGGAUAAAAGAAACGACAAAGCAGGUUCCCGCUGUGAAGCCUUCCUUUGGUGCGGAGGUCUUACGAAAAUCUCUGGAAGAAACCAAGAAAUUACAAGAAAAGUGGAGUUUGAAAGCACCAGAAAUUCACAAAGCAAACACCAGUGGAGUCUCGCUAUGUAACCUGAUCAGUGCAGUGGCUACCCCUGCAAAAGCCAUAGCAGCCGCCAAAUCAGGUGGAGUAAUACUAAAUGGUGAAGGAACAGACACAAAUACUCAGGAUUUCUUGGCAAAUAAAGGCAUAACAUCUAUUCAAAAGGACAUGACUGACAUAAGCCACAGUUAUGAAGACCUGGGCCUCCUACUCAAGGAUAAAAUAACGGAACUGAAUAUGAAACUCUCCAAAUUGCAAAAGGCUCAGGAAGAAUCAAGUAUAAUGAUGCAGUGGUUACAGAAAAUGAACAAAACUGCAAACAAGUGGCACCAGACACCAACGCCUACAGACACGGAGUCAGUGAAGAUGCAAGUGGAGCAGAACAAGUCAUUUGAGGCAGAACUGAAGCAAAAUGUUAACAAAGUGCAAGAAUUAAAAGACAAUCUGACGGAGCUACUGAAGGAGAACCCAGAGGCCCCAGAGGCCCCGACCUGGAAGCAGACGCUUACAGAUAUGGACACUAAGUGGCAAGAACUCAACCAGUUAACGGUAGACAGGCAACAAAAGCUGGAAGAAUCCUCCAACAAUCUAACCCAGUUCCAGACCACAGAGGCCCAGUUAAGACAGUGGCUCGUGGAGAAAGAGUUGAUGGUCAGUGUUCUCGGACCCUUGUCCAUUGACCCAAAUAUGCUGCACACCCAGAGGCAGCAGGUACAGAUUCUGCUGCAAGAAUUCGACACUCGGAAACCUCAGUAUGAGCAGCUCACGGCAGCUGGCCAGAGCAUUCUGAGCAGACCUGGGGAAGACCCUUCUUUACACGGGGUUGUGAAGGAGCAGCUGGUAGCCGUGACCCAGAAGUGGGAAAACCUGACGGGACAGCUGAGGGACAGAUGUGACUGGAUUGACCAGGCUAUUGUCAAAAGCACACAGUAUCAGAGCCUGCUGAGGAGUCUCUCGGGCACCCUGAGUGAGCUGGAUGACAGGCUCAGCAGCAGCCUCGCCGUAGGCACGCUGCCUGACGCCGUGAACCAACAGCUGGAAGAGGCCCAGAAGCUAAAGCAGGAGAUCGGGCAGCAGACAAAGCAGAUCAAAGAGGCACAGGCACUCUGCGAGGACCUGUCUGCACUGGUCAAGGAAGGCUUCCUGAAGGCAGAACUGAGUAGGCAACUGGAGGGCAUCUUAAAAUCGUUUAAGGAUAUUGAACAAAAGACAGAGAAUCAUGUUCAGCACCUUCAGUCGGCCUGCGCAAGCUCUCACCAAUUUCAGCAGAUGUCUAAAGACUUUGAGGCCUGGCUUGACGCAAAGAAAGAAGAGCAAAGAAAGUCUCCCCCAGUGUCAGCCAAACUCGAGGUCCUGGAGUCCUUACUUAACGCUCAGAAAGACUUCAGCAAAACUUUCACCGAGCAGUCCAACAUCUACGAGAAAACGAUUGCAGAAGGCGAGAGCCUGUUGCUGAAGACACAGGGCGCAGAGAAGGCAGCCUUACAGCAACAGCUCAACACGAUGAAAACCAGCUGGGACCGGUUCAGGAAGCAGGUGAACGAGAGGGAAGACACGCUGAAACACUCGUUGGAAAAAGCCCUCAAGUACAGAGAGCAGGUGGACACUCUGCAGCCGUGGGUUGACAAGUGUCAGCACAGCCUGGACCAGGUGAAGUUCUCACUGGAUCCUGCUGAGGCCGAGAGCUCCAUCGCUGAGCUGAAGUCCCUGCAGAAGGAAAUGGACCACCACUUUGGUAUGGUAGAACAACUGAACAACACGGCCAACAGCCUACUCAGUGUCUGCGAGGUAGACAAAGAAGUAGUUACAGAAGAAAACAGGUCAUUGAUCCAGAAGGUAGACACAGUCACCGAACAGCUUCAAAGUAAGAGAGUCUCCCUGGAGAACAUGGCCCAGAAGUUUAAAGAACUCCAGGAAGUUUCCAAAGAAGCCAAAAGGCAGCUCCUGGGUGCAAAGGAACAGCUGGAUGCCCAUCACACCCUCGGACCCCAGGCGGUCAGUAACAAACACCUGACCAUGCUACAGGCUCAGCAGAAGUCCCUCCAGACCCUGAAGCAUCAGGUCGACUUGGCAAAAACGCUCGCUCAGGAGCUGGUGGUAGAAGCCACGGAUUCUAAGGGAACCUCCGACGUGCUUCUGCAGGCAGACGCCUUAGCUGAAGAGCACAGCAGACUAAGCCAACAGGUUGAUGAAAAGUGUUCUUUCUUAGAAACCAAGCUCCAGGGCAUCGGACACUUCCAGAAUACCAUCCGAGAGAUGUUUUCUCAGUUCACGGAGUUUGAUGACGAGCUGGAUAGCAUGGCUCCAGUCGGGAGAGACGUAGAAACACUGCGAAGGCAAAAGGCGUCCAUCCAGACCUUUCUGAAAAAACUGGAAGCCCUCAUGGCAAGCAACGACAAUGCCAACAAAACCUGCAAGAUGAUGCUGGCCACCGAAGAAACCUCUCCUGACCUCAUGGGGAUCAAAAGGGACCUAGAGGCCUUGAGCAAGCAGUGCCACAAGCUGCUGGACCGAGCGAAAGCCAGAGAAGAGCAGGUGGACAGUGCCACGGAGAGGCUGGAGGCGUUCCACCGCAGGCUGGAAGAGUUCUCAGCCCUCCUCCAGAAGGCCGAGGAGCACGAAGAGUCGCAGGGCCCCGUGGGUACAGAGACGGAGACAAUUAACCAGCAGCUCGGCGUGUUCAAGGUAUUCCAGAAAGAAGAAAUUGAACCCUUGCAAGUGAAGCAGCAAGAUGUGAACUGGCUGGGUCAAGGCCUUAUUCAGAGCGCAGCUGCAAACACAUGCACUCAGGGUCUGGAGCAUGACCUGGAUGAUGUCAACGCACGGUGGAAGACUCUCAAUAAGAAGGUGGCUCAGCGAGCAGCCCAGCUUCAGGAGGCCCUGCUACACUGUGGAAGGUUCCAGGAUGCCCUGGAGUCCCUGCUCAGCUGGAUGGCAGACACUGAGGAGCUGGUGGCCAAUCAGAAGCCUCCGUCAGCUGAGUUCAAAGUAGUGAAGGCCCAAAUACAGGAGCAAAAGCUCCUGCAAAGACUGCUGGAAGACCGGAAGUCUACCGUGGAGAUGAUCAAACGGGAAGGAGAGAAGAUCGCGGCUUUGGCAGAGCCUGCAGACCGGGCGAAGCUCUCCAGACAGCUGAGCCUCCUGGACAGCAGAUGGGAGGCACUGCUUAGCAGAGCUGAAGCAAGGAACCGUCAACUGGAAGGAAUCUCUGUAGUAGCUCAGGAGUUUCAUGAGACCUUGGAGCCGCUGAAUGAGUGGCUUACAGCCAUAGAAAAGAGGCUGGCGAACUCCGAGCCCAUAGGAACCCAGGCGCUGAAGCUGGAGGAGCAGAUUGCACAACACAAGGUUUUAGAGGAUGACAUCAUCAAUCACAAUAAACAUUUGCACCAGGCUGUUAGCAUUGGCCAGUCAUUAAAGGUUCUGAGCUCCAGGGAGGAUAAAGAGAUGGUGCAGAGUAAACUAGACUUCUCCCAGGUGUGGUACUUUGAGAUUCAAGAGAGAAGUCACAGCAGGUCUGAGCUCCUGCAGCAGGCCCUGUGCAAUGCUAAGAUUUUUGGGGAAGAUGAAGUUGAGCUGAUGAACUGGCUGAACGAAGUACAUGGCAAGCUGAGCAAGCUCUCAGUCCAGGACCACAGCACAGAGGCGCUGUGGGAGCAGCACUCGGAACUCCGGGCUCUACAAGAAGACAUCCUCCUCAGGAAACAGAAUGUCGAUCAGGCACUGCUGAAUGGCUUAGAACUGCUCAAACAAACCACAGGUGAUGAAGUCUUAAUAAUUCAAGAUAAGUUGGAAGCCAUUAAAACAAGGUACAAAGACAUCACCAAGUUGAGUGCUGAUGUAGCGAAAACCCUGGACCACGCUCUGCAGCUGGCCGGGCAGGUGCAGUGCAUGCGUAAGGAGCUGUGCAGCUGGCUGGACAAGGUGGAGGUGGAGCUUCUGUCCUACGAGACGCAGGUCCUGAGCGGAGAAGCCGCAAGCCAAGUGCAAGAGAGACAGAAAGAACUGAAAAAAGAAGUUAAGAGCAACAAAGCCUUGCUGGAUUCUCUAAAUGAGGUGAGCGGCGCCUUGUUGGAGCUGGUACCCUGGAGGGCGAGAGAAGGGCUGGAGAAGAUGGUAGCGGAGGACAAUGAGCGCUACCGACUGGUGAGCGACACCAUCACCCAGAAAGUGGAAGAGAUCGAUGCUGCCAUUCUGCGGUCUCAGCAGUUUGACCAAGCGGCAGAUGCUGAGUUGUCCUGGAUUACUGAAACAGAGAAGAAAUUAAUGUCUCUGGGUGACAUCAGGCUUGAGCAAGACCAGACUUCUGCUCAGCUGCAGGUUCAAAAGGCUUUCACCAUGGAUAUUUUGAGACACAAGGAUAUUAUUGAUGAACUUGUUAAAUCUGGAUAUAAAAUCAUGACCACAUCUACUGAAGAGGAAAAGCAGUCCAUGAAGAAAAAACUGGAUAAGGUAUUGAAGAACUAUGACGCCAUCUGCCAGAUAAACUCAGAGAGGCACCUGCAGCUGGAGCGGGCACAGUCCCUUGUCAGCCAGUUCUGGGAAACAUAUGAGGAGCUCUGGCCGUGGCUGACGGAAACCCAGAGAACCAUCUCCCAGCUGCCCGCCCCAGCCCUGGAGUACGAAACUCUGAGACGGCAGCAGGAAGAGCACCGGCAACUGCGAGAGCUGAUAGCUGAGCACAAACCUCACAUAGAUAAGAUGAACAAGACUGGGCCACAGUUGCUGGAACUGAGCCCAAAGGAAGGCGUUUAUAUCCAAGAAAAGUAUGUGGCAGCCGACACCCUCUACAGCCAAAUUAAAGAAGAUGUCAAAAAGCGGGCCAUAAUACUGGAUGAAGCCAUUUCUCAGUCCACCCAGUUCCACGACAAGAUCGACCAGAUCCUAGAGAGCCUGGAGCGCAUCGUGGAGCGUCUGAGGCAGCCGCCGUCCAUCUCUGCUGAGGUUGAGAAGAUCAAGGAGCAGAUCGGUGAAAAUAAGAGCGUGUCUGUGGACAUGGAGAAGCUGCAGCCACUGUACGAGACCCUGAGGCAGAGGGGAGAGGAGAUGAUCGCCAGGUCCGAGGGCACCGAGAAAGACAUAUCUGCCAAAGCUGUGCAGGAUAAGUUGGACCAAAUGGUUUUCAUCUGGGGAAACAUACACACGCUGGUAGAAGAGAGGGAAGCCAAACUGCUGGAUGUUAUGGAACUGGCCGAAAAAUUCUGGUGUGAUCACAUGUCAUUGGUCGUUACCACUAAAGACACUCAAGAUUUCAUCCGGGACCUGGAAGAUCCUGGAAUCGAUCCCUCAAUAGUAAAACAGCAGCAGGAAGCAGCAGAGGCAAUAAGAGAGGAGAUCGAUGGACUUCAAGAGGAGCUCGACAUGGUCAUCUCGCUGGGCUCUGAGCUCAUCGCCGCGUGUGGGGAGCCUGACAAGCCCAUUGUCAAGAAGAGCAUAGACGAGCUAAAUUCAGCAUGGGAUUCUCUAAACAAAGCUUGGAAAGACCGGGUUGACAAACUGGAAGAGGCCAUGCAAGCUGCUGUCCAGUACCAGGAUGGAUUGCAGGCAGUGUUUGACUGGGUUGACAUCUCAGGCAAUAAGUUAGCCUCAAUGUCUCCAAUUGGAACGGAUCUAGAGACUGUCAAGCAGCAGAUUGAAGAGUUGAAGCAAUUUAAGUCAGAGGCUUAUCAGCAGCAGAUAGAAAUGGAAAGACUGAACCAUCAAGCAGAGCUUUUGCUGAAGAAAGUAAAAGAGGAAAGUGACAAACACACUGUUCAGGACCCGUUGAUGGAGCUGAAACUCAUAUAUGAUAGCCUGGAUGAGAGAAUUGUCAGCAGACAGCACAAGCUUGAGGGUGCUCUCUUGGCCCUGGGUCAGUUCCAGCACGCCCUGGACGAGCUCCUGGCAUGGCUGACGCACACCAAGGGCUUGCUGAGUGAGCAGAAACCUGUUGGAGGGGACCCGAAAGCCAUUGAAAUUGAGCUCGCUAAGCACCACGUGCUCCAGAAUGACGUGUUAGCCCACCAGUCCACCGUGGAAGCAGUCAACAAAGCAGGAAAUGAUCUCAUUGCAUCAAGUGCGGGAGAAGAAGCAAGCAACCUCCAAUACAAGCUCCAGAUCCUCAAUCAGCGCUGGCAGGAUAUUUUGGAAAAAACAGAUGAAAGGAAGCAGCAGCUGGACAGUGCCUUGCGCCAGGCCAAAGGGUUCCACGGUGAAAUUGAAGAUUUGCAGCAGUGGCUGACUGACACAGAGCGUCAUCUCCUGGCAUCCAAACCUGUGGGAGGUCUCCCAGAAACAGCCAAAGAACAGCUUAACUCACACCUGGAAGUCUGUAGUGCCUUUGAUGUCAAAGAAGAAACAUACAAGAGUCUGAUGCAGAGAGGACAGCAGAUGCUUGCAAGAUGCCCCAAAUCUGCAGAGACAAAUGUUGACCAAGACAUAAACAACUUGAAAGAGAAAUGGGAAUCUGUGCAAAGCAAACUCAUUGAGAAGAAAACUAAAUUGGAAGAGGCCCUCCACCUGGCGAUGGACUUCCACAACUCACUCCAGGACUUCAUCAACUGGCUCACCCAGGCCGAACAAACUCUGAAUAUGGCUUCCCGGCCAAGUCUCAUCUUGGACACAAUCUUGUUUCAAAUCGAUGAGCACAAGGUCUUUGCCAAUGAAGUUAACUCUCACCGUGAGCAGAUAAUAGAGCUAGACAAAACCGGAACCCACCUGAAGUAUUUCAGUCAGAAACAAGAUGUCGUGCUCAUUAAGAACCUGCUCAUCAGCGUGCAGAGCCGAUGGGAAAAGGUGGUUCAGCGGUUAGUAGAAAGAGGAAGAUCCUUGGAUGAAGCGAGGAAGAGGGCCAAGCAGUUCCAUGAAGCUUGGAGUAAGCUGAUGGAAUGGCUGGAAGAGUCAGAAAAAUCUUUGGACUCUGAACUGGAAAUUGCCAAUGACCCAGACAAAAUCAAGACCCAGCUGGCCCAGCACAAGGAGUUUCAGAAAUCACUCGGAGGUAAACAUUCUGUCUAUGAUACCACCAACCGAACUGGGCGUUCUCUGAAGGAGAAAACCUCCCUGGCUGAUGACAGCCUGAAGCUGGACAACAUGCUGAGUGAACUCAGGGACAAAUGGGACACCAUAUGUGGAAAGUCUGUGGAAAGACAAAACAAGCUGGAGGAGGCCCUGUUGUUUUCUGGACAGUUCACAGACGCCCUGCAGGCCCUCAUUGACUGGCUCUAUCGAGUUGAGCCCCAGCUAGCAGAAGACCAGCCUGUCCACGGAGACAUUGAUUUAGUGAUGAAUCUGAUCGAUAAUCACAAGGUCUUCCAAAAAGAGUUGGGGAAGAGGACCAGCAGCGUGCAGGCGCUGAAGCGCUCUGCCAGAGAGCUCAUGGAAGGCAGCCGGGAUGACUCCUCCUGGGUCAGGGUCCAGAUGCAGGAGUUAAGCACCCGCUGGGAGACGGUGUGUGCGCUCUCCAUAUCGAAGCAGACGCGGCUAGAAGCAGCCCUGCGUCAGGCAGAGGAGUUUCACUCUGUGGUCCACGCGCUCUUGGAGUGGCUGGCAGAAGCAGAGCAGACCCUGCGCUUCCAUGGUGCGCUCCCCGACGACGAGGACGCCCUCCGGGCCCUGAUUGACCAACACAAAGAGUUCAUGAGGAAACUGGAAGAAAAAAGAAGUGAGCUAAGUGCGGCCGCUGGCAUGGGUGACGCUCUUUUGGCCAUCUGCCACCCCGACUCCAUCACCACCAUUAAGCACUGGAUAACAAUCAUCCAGGCCAGGUUUGAAGAGGUGCUGGCGUGGGCAAAGCAGCACCAGCAGAGGUUAGCAGGGGCCCUGGCUGGGCUCAUCGCCAAGCAGGAGCUGCUGGAGACGUUGCUGGCGUGGUUGCAGUGGGCCGAAACUACACUUAGUGAGAAGGAUAAGGAAGUCAUCCCACAGGAGAUUGAAGAGGUGAAGACCCUCAUUGCAGAGCACCAGACCUUCAUGGAGGAAAUGACCAGAAAACAGCCCGACGUUGACAAAGUCACCAAGACCUAUAAGAGAAGAGCUGUCGAUCCUUCCUCAAUACAGUCUCACAUUCCCGUCCUGGACAAGGGACGAGCCGGAAGGAAACGCGUCCCGGCAUCAAGCCUGUAUCCCUCUGGGUCACAGACACAGAUCGAAACCAAGAAUCCCCGGGUUAACCUGCUGGUCAGCAAAUGGCAGCAGGUCUGGCUCCUGGCGUUGGAAAGGCGGCGGAAGCUGAACGACGCCCUGGACAGGCUGGAGGAGCUGAGGGAGUUUGCUAACUUCGAUUUUGAUAUCUGGCGUAAAAAAUACAUGAGGUGGAUGAAUCAUAAGAAGUCGCGGGUGAUGGAUUUCUUCAGGAGAAUCGAUAAGGACCAAGAUGGGAAGAUCACGCGGCAGGAGUUUAUCGACGGAAUCCUUUCCUCAAAGUUCCCUACCAGCCGCCUGGAGAUGAGCGCCGUGGCCGACAUCUUUGACAGAGACGGUGAUGGGUACAUUGACUACUAUGAGUUUGUGGCCGCUCUGCAUCCGAACAAAGACGCAUACAAGCCCAUCACAGAUGCGGAUAAAAUCGAGGAUGAGGUCACGAGGCAAGUUGCAAAGUGUAAAUGUGCGAAGCGAUUCCAGGUUGAGCAAAUCGGUGACAACAAAUACAGGUUCUUCCUGGGAAAUCAGUUUGGAGACUCCCAGCAACUUCGACUGGUCCGGAUCCUGCGAAGCACGGUGAUGGUUCGAGUUGGAGGUGGAUGGAUGGCUCUGGAUGAGUUCUUAGUGAAAAAUGAUCCGUGCAGGGUUCAUCAUCAUGGGAGUAAAAUGUUACGUUCGGAAUCAAACUCUUCAAUUACUACUACUCAGCCUACUAUAGCCAAAGGAAGGACCAACAUGGAGCUGCGCGAGAAGUUCAUCCUAGCCGACGGCGCCAGCCAGGGGAUGGCCGCCUUCCGGCCGCGGGGCCGCCGGUCACGGCCUUCCUCGCGAGGAGCGUCCCCCAACAGAUCCACCUCUGCGUCCAGUCACGCUGGCCAGGCAGCCUCCCCACAGGUGCCCGCUGCGGCCAGCACACCCAAGAUCCUCCAUCCUUUAACACGCAAUUAUGGUAAACCAUGGUUGACAAACAGCAAACUGUCAACUCCUUGUAAAGCAGCAGAGUGCUCAGACUUUCCCGUGUCAUCUGCAGAGGGAACGCCAAUCCAGGGAAGCAAGCUGCGACUUCCUGGCUAUCUGUCAGGGAAAGGCUUCCACUCCGGGGAGGACAGUGCCUUGAUAACCACCGCAGCUGCCAGGGUCCGAACACAGUUUGCUGAUGCCAGGAAGACGCCCAGCCGCCCCGGAAGCAGAGCCGGAAGCAAAGCAGGCAGCAGGGCCAGCAGCCGCCGAGGCAGCGAUGCCUCAGACUUUGACAUUUCAGAAAUUCAGUCCGUGUGCUCGGACGUGGAGACCGUCCCACAGACACACAGACCUGGGCCCCGAGCAGGUUCUCGGCCAUCCACAGCCAAGCCUUCCAAGAUCCCCACACCCCAGAGGAAGUCACCUGCCAGCAAAUUAGACAAGUCUUCGAAGAGAUAGUGCAAUUGGCUCCGGCAAGCCCCUCCCCUGAGCGUUUAUUAUUUAAGUGAAUGAUGUAAAAUACGAUGUAGAAAUUACUGUGAAAUAUCGCAGGAGGCGAGUUUUAAAUUCUGCAGAUGGCCUUAUUUGUCUAUUUGUCUUUUUAUUUGAUCUGUAUCACUUUUUUGGUCAGAUUUUCUGGGGUAAAAGUCACAUCAUAUGUGAUAAGGAAGAAAGACUUUUAACAUGAACCAAUGUUUCUGCACGGUCAUGUGCAGACCACACACUAAAGUCAGUUACUGUACCUCCAGGUAAGUCUCCACUCUCUCCGACAACUACAGCGCCACAUAGCUGACAUUAAGGGAUACCUCAUGAUACCUUUUAUGAAAGUUCAGAACAGCGUACAGACAUAGCAGGGAAAUCUUUAUUAUUAUUAUUUUUUUUGAGAUGCUUUAACUAUAAAUUAGAAGGAAGACAAAAGGAGAAACACACCCACACCCAGUUCUUCAAGCAGUAACCAACAGAAACUCACAGGAGAAUGCUCCCAGCAUCCCGGGUACCACCGUGUGCCAGCACCUGCCAGCAUCCCUGUGCCGUUGCUCUAGUCGCCGCCAGACGCGCCCUGGGCAUCAGCCAUCUAUACUAUAAGAAUGUGAGGCAAAGUGCAUUCGUGCAGACGUGAGGUUUGCUUUGCUUGGGUGGACGGCAGCCCCUGUAUCAUUUUGUAACAGCAACUUCGCUUGCAGAAAGCUAUGAAAUAAAACAUGUCCCUUAACUACAUUGCUAUGGAAUUAAUUUUUUCCCCAGGGAAAACCGGUGUAUUUUUUUUAUGAACAGUAUCAAUUUGGAGUGACCAAAGGAUACUUUAAAAGUGGGUUUAUUUUGAUUUCUCAUCUGGAAUAAUCAUGUUCUGGUAUUAUAUCUACUUAUAUUUAAUAAAUAUGCAUUUUAAUUUAUUAUGUAUACUCACAUACUAGAGAAAGAUAUUAGUAUGCAUUUAAUAAAACGUGUUCACUUGAA